AUGUGAACGUAUGGAUAGCCCGUUGUCCCUCGAGGUUGUUCAGUGUCGUCAGUUCGAUCCGGUCAGUGGGCCAUUCAGCAUGAACGAGCGCAAGGAUGAAGCGCAAUCGAUUUACACGAUCGCCAGCAAUACGAACCUGGUCCCGAUAAGAUCCAAGCAGGCCUACUUCAAGAGGCGAAGGUUCAUACCGAAUUACUUGAUGAUAUUGCUGUUCGUGCUAAUGAUUUUCUGCGUCAUAGCUGCCGUAGGGCUUUCUAUAUUGUAUUUUACCUAUAAACAGAUGAAGAUAUGCGAAUCCGAAAAUUGUGUUCGUAUAGCGGCUAGUUUCAAAGAAUCUAUGGACACGUCCGUGGAUCCUUGCGACGAUUUUUAUAAAUAUGCUUGUGGCAAGUGGUCCGAGGAACACCCUAUGCCAGACAACAGUUUAACAAACUCGUGGUUCGAAGAACGCAGGGAACGUGUAUUCAGGAGGAUCAGAGAACUCUUGAGAGACAAUGUAACGAGAAAUAACGCACCGUGGGCUGUCAGUCAGGCUAAAAUAUUGUACAACAGCUGCAUGGUCGUGCACGCCGUGGACGAGUUAGGGCUCACGCCAUUGUUCGAGCUAUUGGAGGAGCUCAAUUUGCCAGCGAUUCCUUCGGCGUUUACCAAGAAGAGGAGUGGUUAUAUCGAACAGAUGGCUAGAGUGAAGAAAGUUCUUGGAAGGGACGUCUUUUUCGGGUUCGACGUGAUUCCCGAUCCACGGAACACCACCAACAACAUCAUGCUGCUGGACACACCCAUCUUGAGCAACCCUUUGCCCAACAACAAAGAACUGGAGAAACGAUUGCACUCGAUCAGAUCGCGUCUCAGGAAGCUGGACGAAGAAGUGGAAAUCGAAGAAUUGAGUAAAUACGCGAAGGCAGAAAUGGUUUACAUGAGCGACGUCAUUAAGCAGGUUGUCAAUAAUGGCACUUUAGAUUCCUGCUCUUUGAACAGUAAUUUUUCGUUCCCUGAUGCAGAAGAGCUCGAGGAUGUUGUGGACAGUCUUUUUGACUUCACUACUAUCUUGUUUUACGCUUCUCGUUCAGAAACUAAUGAUACAAUAUGGGAUGAAGACCCCACGGAUGCAGAUUAUAUGUCGGUCGAUGAGCUUCAAAAGUUAACAGACGCGUACGUAAUGGAAGUUAAUUCUUCUGUCACGCCGAAACCAUUAUGGCGGCCAUUCAUCGAGAUGCUUUUUAAAGAUAUCAGUACUAUAGACCUAAAUGGCAAGGAUAAAGUAUUGGUCGCAAAUUUGGAGUUUUUGAAGGAAGUUGCUGUUAUGUUGGCUACUACCGAGGAAGAAGAAUUAGAGACUUACAUAUGGUGGGUCAUAAUAGACAUUAUAGUUCCUCAUUCGUCAGAGAACUUAAGAGAUAUCUGGCUGAAAUACGUGAACGAGAUAACCAGUGUCGAGGUUGGCGAUUCAAAAUCGAUCCUUUGCGCUGCCGCGGUGAACGAACUGAUGGGAAUGGCGGUGUCUUGGCUAUAUGUGGAUCGAUCCUUUUACGAGGAUCAAAGCAAAAGGGUAUUCGAGAUGAUGAACGAUAUAAAACAAGCAUUCGACUCGCUGGUUUUGAAAACCGACUGGAUGGAUAAGCAGACAAAAACUGCGACUUUGGAGAAGAACAGGAAGAUGGAGUCGCAGAUCGGUUUUCCUGAUUGGCUAUUCGAUGAAGAUGUCCUUAAUGAAUAUUAUGAAGGCAUAGACCUCUCGGAGACAGGAUACAUGACCAACAUGGUUCAGAUUGUUCGACUGAUGUCUGUGUCGGAGCUGGAAUGUAUUCAUGAAAUAAAUUAUAAUAAUGUGUCCUAUUGGGCGACCGAUCCUACGGACGUGAAUGCAUUUCAUACGUACCAGUUCAAUCACAUAACUGUACCAGCUGGAAUUCUUCAAUUCCCAUUUUAUGAACUGGGUCUCGAAGCUCUAAACUAUGGCGCCAUUGGCGCAGUACUUGGCCACGAAUUGACCCACGGUUUCGACAAUAGCGGCAGACACUACGACAGCGAUGGCAACGUGAGGCAAUGGUGGACUAACGAGACUAUCUUCGAGUACACCGAAAAGACCGAGUGUUUUAUAAAACAUUACAAUAGCUAUUACGAAAAAGAGGUAGAUGAUUACGUUGAUGGAGAGCGAACGUUGGGCGAGAACAUAGCAGAUAAUGGCGGCCUUAGGGAGGCUGUCAUCGCUUACGAAAGAUGGAAGGCCAGGCACGGUCAAGAGCCCCUGCUUCCGGGAUUCACUCAUCUCACUCACGAGCAGCUCGUUUUCCUCAGUUUCGCGCACGUGUGGUGCGAGGCGUACACGACGAAAGCUUUGAAAUGGAUACUGCAGGACACUCACUGUCCUGGUCACGUGAGACUGCACGGUGUACUGAGGAAUUCGGAGGAAUUUAGCAACGCCUGGAAUUGCCCUAAGGGAUCAAACAUGAAUCCACCGGAGAAGUGUCAUGUAUGGUAAUAAUUACGAAAAAAUUGUGUUCCAUCUUUCAAGGUAAGAUCCGGAGAUAUCAAAGUCGUUCCAUAAGGAAUUGGAGAAUAAUUACCCGAAGACUCGACACAAUACAAGACGCAGUAAAAUCUUUAAAAUAAUCCUCCAAUGUCUUAUGGAACGAUGCGAUACAAGUACUGUAAACG